AUGGCUUCUGCCGAUCUUUUGGCUGAGCUAGAACAAUCACUCAGUUUGGAGAAGGUGAAUCUCUCAACCACACUCAGCAAAGCGAUUGCAAAAGGUGUUGCUUCUCAGCCGUCCUCUAUUAGUGUCACCAAAAUCGCUUCACAACCAGCGAAAACACUUCCAUCCAAACCUUCGCUACCGAAAAUACCUCCUAGUACUUCAUCCAAAACUUUAUUUGAUGACUUGCCUGCGGCAAAAGCCGUGUCGCUGGGUGAUUCAGGUCGCGGUGAAAGUUUACCCAGUGGAGUGAAGCAGCCAUCAGCGCCAUCCGUCGGCUCCACCAUCGAUACCGGUGUUGUUUUGCCAACUAAGAAGGUCUCAAAAGUCGCCUUAAACCCUUUCGGAGAGGACGAUGACGAGGUGGAGGCGGAUACAGCAGGCAAGAGAGUGCCAGAAGUGACAGAUGAACCAGUGGCUACUUAUCCACAACACCUCAAUCCCUUCUGA